UGGCAGACUAAGGUUCGUUGCACCGAGGAACUCGGUGUUAAGGGCAUCCCCGCGUUGGCCGCUUGUCCCCCUCCCCCCCUUUCAGGUGAGCCUGCCGCCCGCCGUCCAUCAAUUCCUAGGGAACCCCUGUUAUUCUUCUCGAGGCGACAUUCCGCCCCAGGGGUCCUCGCCCAGCUAGACUUGUCAUGUCGUCCGUGUUUGGCAAGCCCCGGUCUGGGAACCUUGGUCCUGAGCGCCUGGCACACAGUUCGAUCCCAGAGGUUAACGUGGCCAUCCUGGGCUGCAGAGGAGCCGGGAAGUCUGCUUUGACCGUGAAGUUUCUGACCAAGAGGUUUAUCAGUGAAUAUGAUCCCAAUUUGGAAGAUACCUAUACCUCAGAGGAGACUGUGGAUCAACAACCAAUCCUGCUGAGAGUGAUGGACACAGCAGAUCAGGAUGUUCCCAAAAACUGCAAGCGCUACCUGAACUGGGCCCAAGCCUUCCUGGUUGUCUACAGCAUAGAUGACAGGCGAAACUUUGAGGGUUGCAGCCAAUACCUGGAGAUCAUCGCCCACCACACAAAGGACACCCAGCAUGACUGCCCUGUGCUGCUCCUGGGGAACAAGCUGGACAUGGCCCAGUACCGGCAGGUCCCCAAGUCAGAGGGCGCGGCUCUGGCCGGCAAGUUUGGGUGUCUGUUCUACGAGGUCUCCGCCUGCCUAGACUUCGAAGCCGUGCAGCAGGUGUUCCACGAAGCCAUCCGCGAGGUCCGCAGGGAGCAGGAGAGAAGCGCGCCGGCGCGGCCGCUCUUCAUUUCCGAGGAAAGGUCCAUUUUCCAUCAGGCCCCCCUCACGGCCAGGCACGGCUUGCCGAGCUGCACCUUCAACACCCUCUCAACUGUCAACUACAAGGAGAUGCCCGCUGUGGCCCAGGCCAAGCUCGUAACCGUCAAAUCCUCCCGGGCCCAGAGCAAGCGCAAGGCGCCCACCCUGACGCUGCUGAAAGGCUUCAAGAUCUUCUGAGGCCCUCGCCAUCUACCCCCCUGCGGGGACAACCGUGGGAGAGGAAGAACGGGCAGUAUUAGCGGGAGCAGCCCCCGGGCAUCAUAGAAUCGGGUCCAUCAGUUCGGACUGUCGGGAAGGGCGAGACUUUGGGGGCAGGCGCCGCCCCCGACUGACUGGGUCCCGCUCCCCGCCCGGCCCGGCCCGGCCCCCAGCUUCCUUCUGGAACGGGAGUUCCAGUCAUUGGCACUGAGUAGUUGAGCUUGCCCCGGGCAGCCCCCCCCCAGAGCGGUUCAGAGCCCCCUCGUCAGGAGGGCAGACUGUGUAUACGUGUGUGUGAUUCUGUUCCUGCAAGCCAUGGAGUUUCCACGGCAACCGAAGCAGCUGUGACCUUGGAGGGUAACAGCUGUGGGUGGGCGGAAGGCUAAGGCCCUGGGUCUCACAAACAGGACUCCGAGUGAAACUUAGGAAAUCUCUGCCUUUGAAGCCGAGUUCAAAGGCUCUGUACCUCUUCUUCCUGCCCCCUCCCUAACUUCGGGAGUCACAGCGGCCAGAUGCGGUGCCUCAAACACAACCAGGAGCUCGCUGCUUGCUACGAAGUAAAAGAUGAUGCUUCUCUCCCUAUGGCGGGAAGGGCAUCUUGCAGACCGUUCCCGAGAGCACAGAGACCCCUGGUGGCAGGACAGGGAACAGCUGCUGGGUUUGAGCAGCCAUUAGGAAAGCCUGGGUUUGUGGGACAGUGACUGCCAUCCCAGCACAUCCCAUUCCCACUAAGCUCCACAGGUCAAUCACUAUGGUUCCCGGCAUCACGCCAGUGGUGCCUGAUUGAAAGACCCCUCCAUUUGGGGUUAAAAUAGACCUGCAAAGGAUGACUUGAAGGAAAAACAAGCUCGGAAAGAUAAAUCAAAAAGAUAAAACCCUGAAGAGUGUAUGCGGAAGAAGGAACAGCCUUCGCUUUUGCUUAGAUGUCAGUGGGAAGGUUUGCACGCUGAUUGUAUAGGGGUGUAUGAAGCUCUGGUCUUUUUUCCCUCAACAUCCAUUAGUCACCUCAUUCUUUUCCAUCGUGAAUCACUCUGUAGACCCCAAAGGGGAUCUUCCAAUAGCCUUACUCAGGAGAGUCUUCUACUGAAGUCAUACUAGGGAAAGGAAACCAAAAGUCUUAAGGGAAUCAACACCUAGAGUUAAAAAUAAUGUCUGGAUGAUCCAGAGAGCAAACAACAAAGUACCAUUCCCUAAAGUGGUUUGGGUUUAGAAAUGCAUUAUGCCAAAUCAUAGCUGUGCUUGGGCAGAACUCUGGUCCCUAAAACACUUUUUUUUUGUCAAUGAAACUAUUAUUUUUCCAUAAGUUAUUUGACCCGGCCUCUAUAGCUUAAGCAUAAUAUGAAAGAGACAUCCUCAGGAUCAGGCCUCUCUGUAAAUAGUUCUUUACAGUUUUGUUCACAUCUGUGUACGUUUAACCAUUUGAAUACAUAUGCAAGUUUUGUUGAACACUUCUGGAAACAUUUUAAUAAAGAAUUCUUAGAGAAAAAUA